UGUCGGUUGGUCAUUCCCCCAUCCCCCUCCCAGUCACCUCCUUGUCCCGGGCGGGCUCGGUGCUUCCAGUAUCGGCAGUGUCCCAGUCAGUGACUGGCGGGCAGCUAGGGGCGAGGGAAGGUUCCACUCCCGAGUGAUGCGGCUGCCGGAGCGGCGAUGGAGGCGCCGUCUUGGGAUCUCGGGCUGUUCUCAUUCCUGCUGGAGCGUCUCCUCUCCUUCUGCAGCGAGUUCGCUCAGGACUGGAGCAGCAACGACAUGAGGGUGACCAUCUUCAAGAUCCUACUGGGCUGGCUGCUGGGCAGCUUGGUGGCUAUCCACAUGGCCUGGAAGUUUUAUGGGGCGACAGUCAAUGACAUGUACUACAGGCAAGUUUACAAGUCCUUAUGGCACAGAAGAGGUCGUUUGCCCAUUGAGCCCAAGUUAUAUGUCUCUAGUGCAAUCCAGUAUUGGAGGUCAGAAUGGAGGUACUCCAGACAGCUCUUCAAACUUUACCAGUUGGGACAAUGCCAGUGGCGAGUCAAUUAAAAGUCACAGGGAGUGAGUGAUGAAGAUGUGUGAAACCUGCAGCUGAGACAUGAGGUGGCUUGCUGUGUGGAGUAAAGUUAUUGAGACUGUGGAAUGUUCAAACUGCUGUUGGGUGCUAAACUCUACAAAAUAUUGUAUGUUGCACCUGAUGACUUGAAAUGUGCCAUUGUGACUCAGUGCUGUUAUUUUUCUUUCCUAAUAUUCUUGGGCUUUGCUGAGAAUCCAGGGAAGUAUAUGUUGGCACAUGUCAAUUGAAAGGUACUAGCAAUGAAAAUGUUGAUUAUUUAAAUGUGUUGUGCUAACACAACUCCCCAGGAUUUUGAAUAGUGCUAUAAAAUGGAUCUUAUCCGAAGGAGAUUAAAAAAUAUCAAUAUGAUUCUAUUUGGAAAGAUUAAAAUCAAGUAGUGAUGGAUGUCAUUUGAUGAGCCCAGAAGUGGAUUAUCAAAGAACUAACAAGGUUUUUGUAGACAAUGACAUGAUGUUCUGCAGCAGUUUGUUGAGGAUAUACUAAUUUGAAUUGGGUAACAUCAGGGAACACAGAUCCUUCAGGUAAAAUGUCUAUAUGCCAAUCUAUAAAUUGUUUUCAUGUUGACCCCAAAGUGCAAUGGGAUCGUUUUGUAGACCCAAAAGAGACAUUGGUAGAAAUUAAAACAGACCAGUUUGAGUUUGAUAUCCCAUAUGCAGUUGCUUUUGUUUUGUCCUCUGUAUGCAUGCAAAUAAUGGCAGAACCCAAGCUGAUUUGUGUACAGACAUGGCCAAAACAGUUCUCCGCAGCAUUAUCAAUGAUGAGAAUGGGAUGACCUCUGAAGGAGCUAAAUAAAGUGACGUAUUUGUAUCUGAGGCAAUUGCUCAAUCUUCCUGUGAACACAUAUCAUUAAUUUUUCAUGGUGGGAACACCUUUUGGCAACUGUAUGUCCUGCGGAAAGUUAAUGACCUGUAACCUGUUGAGGACCUGUAACAGCUGAUUUCAAUUUAAGUCUUUCAAUUGGUGAGAAACUGAGGAGCUUAUUACCAAUAUCCAGUAAAAUAAUUAUUGGGUGGCAUGAUUCUGGUAUGCCUAUAUUUAGAGCUCAUGUCAGUAACUUGGCCUACAUAGUAUAAUUCUAAUCUUGAUCUUGCUGUUGAGAAAAAUAUUUUUCAGGAGAAACUUUCAAAUGAUGGUACCCUAUCUCUUACAUGAAAAAUGCAUGACACCUUGCUUAUAGUGUAUCUUGUGUACUCAUUUGCCUGACUGAACCAACUUUUCAGGCAUGCUGUGAAGUGAGUGCCCAGAACGGCUGAGAGGCUGUUCAUCCAUUCGAAUCAGGAUUCCAUACCUGUUGUAAAACCCAGGUUUUAACUUUUAAAAGAAUACUGGCUGGACCUCACAGAGUAUGCAAGUACUUUUUGACUAUACCUUAAGAGGCCUCAUUGAUUCUCUUUAAAGGGAUGCCCUUACUGGAAAGGUUAUUUUUAAAAAACUCAAAAGCAGGAGUGCUUCACUGGCUUACAAUAAUGAUGUAGCCCGCUACGGACCCAUUUCCUCAACUGUGUAAACCAACAUACCGCAAAACUAGUAAACUGAACUGAACCCUCUGGUACCCCCAAUUUAGCUACAGAAUGUUACUGAGACCCACAUUAGGGCAUGGUUUGUUUCCCAACAACCAUGUUAGGUGCACGCUGCAUGAGCAGAACCAGUAUUCAUACCUGUUGACUGUCACAUUGCUUUCCCACAGGGAGGUAGAGCAUUACCUUGGGGUUGUCAAAGGUGUUGGUUUUGAUAAGUCCUUGGUUCAGCUCACCCUGUUCCACAAAGCUUAACUAACACACUUCAAUUUGCUGACUGGAUUAUCAUGCACUUACUACUCGCUUUAACAUUAUGUGAAUGAAAUAGACUUUACAUACAUAAUGUCUAAGAAACCUGAAAUGCUAAAGUCCACAAUGUACCACAGAAAAAUCAACUCUAAAUGGAAAGUCAGGACAAGAACCCAUAAUUCGUUAACUUUCCAUCUUAAGAAAUCAGUAGGAAGUUAUAGUGAAGGACUUUGUCAUAGCAGAAAUAGAUACAUAAUGAUAGAGUGUUCAUCUCCAUUAAUCUUGAUUUUUAUGUCUCUAUUUAAAUUCCAAAUAAAUCACAAGUUGCCAUUAAGUUUUCUAUAUUUUGGCAAUCUGUCUCCACAUUUUCUUUUGCUCGGCCUCAAAACUAUUGGGAAAAGUGAUGCAAUGUUAUGUAACAAUAUAGAAGCAUGGUUACCUUGCACAGAAUGAAUAUUUAAAUUCAUGCAAUCUGCAGCUGGAGUGAAGUGAUAUUGUAUCUUUAGUUGCUGUCAUGAUACAUUGUGUAUUUUCAAAGCAAAAAUUCUUGAAGGAAAAUUUUAUUUUGCCGUCCAUACAAAGACUAUCUAAGUUGAGAGCAACUCAUGAAGUGUAUGCCAAGCAAUUUGCCUUUGUUUUUCAACAGUGUACCAAAAGAAGGACUGAAGUUUAAGAUGUAAACAGGCAUCUUCUGUUUGUAUAUUGCUUAAAAAUAUCCAGGAGCAAACAGAACCAUAAUUCCUUUUAGAUGUUCAGUGUAACAACAAGUGCAAGGAGAAAGGUGUUUGAAACUUCUAUCAAGCCUCCAUGAACUGAAUGCUAGUGUACAUGCAGUCCAGGGAGACUGAUUCUUAUUUAUUUCUCUAUCUCUGUACUCUGAAAGGAAGUGCUUGGCCUCUGCUUGUCAAUGUUGUUUGCAGUAGCAACAAGAUUAGUCACUCAAUACUUGCAUGUAUUCUGUGAUUAUGAUGCGACUAUGUUGCAUACGUUUCUUGGGCGUUUUCUUUCCCCCACCGGCAAUACUUAAAUGCUUCAGUAAAUGUUGCGACAGAAAUGGUUGAAAUAAAUCCAAAAGUAAAUGUUCUUUUUUUUAAGACGAGCAGCCAUAUUUUUCAGUUUUAUGCAGAACUUUUACAUGAAUACACGGAUAAUUUAUUUGUUUACUGGUCCCCUUUGAACUGCGGCAUUGAAACACCAUUGCUAUAUUACACUUUAAAAAAUAAAAGAGGAACUUUGGAUUUAGACAGCAGUUUGCCGAGAGUUAGUCUCAAAUCUCUAGAGACCCUGGAAUAAUUGUACUGAAGUAAUUUAUAUUCUACUGAAAUGCAUUUUUCUAAUAUAAAUAUUUUGUAUAUAUACAGUAGAUUUUGUAAAUCACUGUAAUCCUUAAAUUGGAUAAUCUUUGUAAACAUGUGCCCCUAAAGUUGAUUAACUUCUAUUUAUGUUGAAAAUGUAAAGGUUUCCUGACUGCUGUACAUUGGAAAAACUGCUGUAUGUGUGUAUGUAUAUAUGUAUAUUUAUCCUUAAUUUUGUUU